CGUGGACCCCAUACCAAACAAAAACCUUUAAAACCCAAAGCCCCACCUCUCUCUCUCUUUCACGCCGCAAAAUCUCAAACCCACUUUUCUUCUUCUUCUUCUUCUUCUUCUUCUUCGUAGUUCAAUGUUCAUAGCACCAACCAAGUAAAUAUGUCUAGGAUGGGAUCUUCAAAGGAUAUUGUUUCAAGGAAAACCAAUGAAAAAUUUUUUUGUGAUGUACAAAAUGGCAAUAAUACUACUGUCAGAGCCUCCCGAGUUGCGCCAAAGCAUCAUCAGGGCAAUGUGUCUAUAAUAAGCUCAGUUUCUUAUAGGCCAAAAUCCUUAGGACUACAGAUUGGCAAUAAUGGUACUGUCAGAACCUCUCAAGUUGAACCAAAGCAUCAAAGAAAUGUGUCUAAAUUAAGCUCAGUUCCUCCUAAUAGAGCAAAAUCAUCAGGAAUACAUUAUAGCAAUAACAAUCCUGUCAGUACCUCCCUUGUUGGACCAAAUAAUCAGGGUAAUGUGUCUAAAAUAAGCUGUGUCUCUUAUAGACAAAAACCCUCAGGAGUACAUUUUAGCAAUUACAAUACUGUGAGGACCUCCCAAGUUAGACCAAAAAAUCAAGUUAAUGUGUCUAAAGUGAGUUCAGUACUAGAUAAACAAAAUCCUUCUGAAGUACAGCAGCAUGAUGAAAAGAAUGCAGUCAAGGCCUCCCAAGCUGAAUUAUCCUCAGAUUCUCCAACAGCCAGAGCCAAACGAGGCAUUAAAGCUUACUUUCAGACAGAUAAGACAACUUACUCUCCACAACAUCGGUCUACUCAGAAGAGCAAUGAUUUUAUGCCACCUGCUAAGAAUAGGCAAAGACACAACACUCCAUCUUCCCAAGUUUGGCAAAUGAAAGUUGAGAUACCACCUUCUGAAAGGCUAUCUAAGGUCACGAUGCAACCUUCCAAAAACCAACCUGGACAAAGCCAUAGCACUCCUUCCCACCAAGUUUGGCGAAAAAAAGUAGAGACACAACCUUCUGAAAGGCAAUCUAAGGUCAAGAUGCAACCUUCCAAGAAGCAAUCUAUGGUCAAGAAGCAGCCUUCCAAAAAGCCAUCCAAACAGCAGUCAAAACAAAAUGUUCCAUCAUAUCAUAUUGUGUGGGAUGGUUUUGAUGAUGAUGAUGAUGAUGAUGAUGAUGAUGAUGAUUCUAUCACUGAACCAUUUGGACAAAAUUGUCCUGUGUGUGAUGACGAUCUUGCAUAUUCACCCACAGAUGAAGAAGAAUUAUGUUCUUCUGUUCUCCCAGAGGUUGCUGUUCUUUCAUGUGGACAUUCCUUCCAUUGCCACUGCUUGCUGCUUGUCUCAUCUGAAGAGCAGUCCACGGAUCCACCAUGUUUUAUUUGUGUGAAUGGCUUGUCUCUAACAAAUCAGGGCAAUUCUCUCUGAUAUUCUACUCUUAUGUUUUUGUAGACAUUCCUAAUGUAAGUAGAGCAGACGAAAA